AUGCGUAGCUUCCCCCAUGGUGUAUGUCUGUCCCACACAUCACUAACGUGCUGGGCAUACCUGUGUUCUCUUUUGCAGGCUAUCGGCUGUACUCUGAACUGCAGCUGUCAAAGUUUCAAACCAGGGAAAACAAACCACCGUCAGUGUGAACAGUGCAGACAUGGUUGGGUGGCCCACGCUCUGAGUAAGCUGAGGGUCCCGCCCAUGUGUCCAGCAAGCCAGGUGGAGAUCGUCCAGUCCAAUGUGGUGUUUGAUAUUAGCAGCCUCAUGCUCUACGGGACCCAAGCCAUCCCCGUUCGCCUGAAAAUCCUGCUAGACCGACUCUUCAGUGUGUUGAAGCAAGACGAGGUCCUCCAGAUCCUCCAUGCCUUGGACUGGACCCUUCAGGAUUACAUCCGUGGAUAUGUGCUGCAGGAUGCAUCAGGAAAGGUGCUGGACCACUGGAGCAUCAUGACCAGUGAGGAAGAGGUGGCCACCUUGCAGCAGUUCCUUCGUUUUGGGGAGACCAAGUCCAUAGUGGAGCUCAUGGCAAUUCAAGAGAAAGAAGAGCAGUCCCUCAUCAUCCCGCCGCCCGCAGCCAACGUGGACAUCAGGGCUUUCAUCGAGCUUUUUAAUGCCAGCCAGCCCACUGCUGUGGACAGAGGAAACCCCAGCAGCGUGCACCCCUUCGAGAACCUCAUAAACAACAUGACCUUCAUGUUGCCUUUCCAGUUCUUCAACCCUGUGCCUCCUGCACUGAUAGGGUCUCUGCCCGAACAGUAUGUGCUGGAGCAGGGGCAGGACCAGAGUCAGGACCCCAAACAGGAAAUCCACGGACCCUUCCCCGACGGCAGCUUCUUAACUUCCAAUUCUGCACCAUUUCAGGUUGAAAAAGAGCGGUGUCUAAACUGUCCAGACGCUGCUGCUAACAAGGAAGACAAUGCCCAUUUAAGCGACUCCGGCUCAUACAGCAUUGUCACUCGGCUUGAAAGGACGCAGUUGUCCCCUGAGGCCAAAGUGAAGUCUGAGAGGAACAGCCUGGGCGCAAAGAAGGGCCGGGUGUUCUGCACGGCCUGCGAGAAGACCUUCUACGACAAAGGCACCCUCAAGAUCCACUACAACGCCGUCCACCUGAAGAUCAAGCACAAGUGCACCAUCGAAGGCUGUAACAUGGUAUUUAGCUCGCUGAGGAGCCGGAACCGCCACAGCGCCAACCCCAACCCCCGGCUGCACAUGCCCAUGAACAGAAACAACCGGGACAAAGACCUGCGGAACAGCCUGAGCCUGGCCACCUCCGACAGCUACAGGCGCCCGAGGUUCACGGUGAGCUCUCCGGACUGUAGGCCUCUCCCUGACUAUGCCGUUCCGGGGGAGGAUUCCAGGGGCCAAGCAGCUUUCCCCGGCGUUGGGCAGAAUGGAGUGCUUUUCCCCAACCUAAAGACAGUCCAGCCGGUCCUUCCCUUCUACCGCAGUCCGGCCACUCCCGCUGAGCUAGCAAACACUCCUGGGGUGCUGCCUUCCCUCCCGCAGCUGUCCUCCUCGAUCCCUGAACAUCUGGUUUCACAUGAAAUGCCUUUCGAUGCCCUUCCCAAGAAGAAGUCCCGGAAGUCCAGUAUGCCUAUCAAAAUAGAGAAGGAAGCUGUGGAAAUAGCUAAUGGGAGCAGGCACACCCUCAGCUCCGAUGAUGACAUGGCCCUGCAGGUGGUCAGUGAAGAUGAGCCGGAGGACUCCCGGGCAGACAGGGCUCCGGAGGAGCGGCACACGCAGCCAGCACGCCCGGGGAAGCCUGUCCCUGAGGGAGAGAGAGCCUGCCACCACCUCCAGUCGGUGAUUGAGCCCAGUGGAGCCAUCAGCCGAACCCCUGAGCAGGCCACACACAGCUCGGAGAGGGAGACUGAGCAGAAACCCGCAUUGGCCACGGUGCCAAGGGAGGCCGAGGACGGUGGCCAGGAGCGCCACCUCACGCCUGGGGUGGAGCCCUGUGUUCCUCUUCCUGACUAUGUCAGACUGCAGCAGCACCUGCUGGCCGGGGGGCUCUUCAGCGCCUUGUCCAACAGAGGAAUGGCUUUUCCUUGUUUUGAAGAUUCUCAGGAACUGGAGCACACGGGUCAGCUCGCACCGGCUAGGCAGAAGGAAGAAAGCCGCCACCAGUGUGACAUCUGCAAGAAGACCUUUAAGAAUGCUUGCGGUGUGAAAAUGCACCAUAAGAACAUCCACGCCAAACAGACGCACGUGUGCACAGUGGAGGGCUGUAAAGCCACCUUCCCUUCCCGCAGGAGCAGGGACAGACACAGUUCCAACAUAAACCUCCACCAGAAGGUAUUGACCCAAGAAGCAUUGGACAGCAGCGAAGACCACUUCCAUGCAGCUUACCUUCUGAAAGAUGUGGCUAAGGAGGCCUAUCAGGAUGUGGCUUUCACGCAGCAAGCCUCCCACACAUCCGUCAUCUUCAAGGGAGCCAGUCGGAUGGGCAGCCUGGUUUACCCAAUAACCCAAGUCCACGGUGCCGGCCGCGAGAGCUACAACCCUGGUCCGCCAAGUGAAGGCACCAUCCUGGACCUGAGCACUACCUCGAGCAUCAAGUCAGAGAUCAGCAGCCAUUCCUCUUGGGACUCAGACAGGGCAAGCGAGGAAGGCACUAUGCUCAUGGAGGACAGCGAUGGGAACUGUGAAGGUCCGAGCCUCGUACCUGGGGAGGAUGAGUACCCCAUCUGUGUGCUGAUGGAGAAGGCUGACCAGAGCCUCGCCAGCCUGCCUUCUGGGCUGCCCAUAACAUGCCACCUCUGCCAAAAGACAUACAGCAAUAAAGGGACCUUCAGGGCCCACUACAAAACUGUGCACCUCCGCCAGCUGCAUAAAUGCAAAGUUCCGGGCUGCAACACCAUGUUCUCAUCCGUUCGCAGCCGAAACAGACACAGCCAGAAUCCCAACCUGCACAGAAGCCUGGCUUCUUCUCCAAGUCACCUCCAGUAACAAGAUUGGAUAAGUGUUUGUCACAAUUCAGGAAUAAGGUAGUCCAAGGAAACGUUUCUACUUUGUCUAAUGCCAUUUGGGACAAGCCAGGCAAAAGGUAUUUGAGUUGACUUUCUAGUAUUCUGCAGCAGGAUGAGCAAAAGACAAGCCUUGUGGGAAGUUGAGACUGGGACAGUCUUUCCUAUUGUUUUUCUUAGCCCAAGAGGUUUUUCACGGACGUAACGAAAACUUGCAGAAGUGCAGUUUUCCCAGAUUUGUUUACACAUUCUCUGGGAGAGCUCCAGGUCUGCAGAUUGACAGCAGGGGCCCAGGAACUGGGGGCGGCUUGGAGAGAGGCUCACAGGAUUAAGGGUCCAUUGAGUGUCCUGGGGAAGCAGGCUGUCACCACUGGUGAGAAGCCAGUCUCAAAGAUCACAUUUUUCAGUUUCUGCUUUAAUGAGUCUGAAAUCCAGACUUCAGAUUGGGAACAUGACUUUUUGAGACAUUCUCUCCACUUGGAGUGGAAAAUUGCUUUUUUUUUCCCCCCGAAGGUCUCAUGUGUUACUCCAGGAAGUUCUCAGAGGAAGCGGGUUGGCCUCUAAUAAGAACAUGGCUGUUACCAAGGAUGUUAGUUCUUGCUCUGUAACACAUUCAGGAAGCUGGGGGGAGAUAGUUCGUGCACUUAAAAAUAGUGGUCUUCAAUUUAAUUUAAAAUAAUUUUGAUAAUAUUUAAUUUGUGUUUAUGUUAUGUGAGGACUUGGAGUGAGUGCAGACAUGUCACAGUGUGACCUCUCGAUCUCAUUGGAAAGCAGAAUGAGUGACGACCCAAACUUUAAAACCACUGCCCGUUUUCAUUCGGCAAAGCUCAGAGUCUUCGAUGCGAUCCCCUGUGGAAUGACACGGGCGUGACUCUAGCAGGACCGCUUGCAUAUUCUCGGCCAAAGCAUUUAGAGAAUGUGGCUCUGACGGUCGUGCAUUUUCCGUAUCACUGGAUUCCCUCAGUCUUCACCCUUUAUAAACGUGUAAGAUUAGGGUGAACUUCCGAAGUUACAUGGUAGAAAGAAAAGUAGGUCGUUAUUACCAUACUGUGUGUCUUAAUGUUAACUUAUUCUGAAAUAUAUUCCACACCGUUAUACAUGUUUGCUGUUGUAGAAAGGAAGCUUAAUCAGUCCCGUGGGACGAGGCCAGCUCCUAAAAUUCGGCAUUUAAACUACCCUAGAAGGCUGUGGUGGGGAAAAAGACUUCCAAGUUAACCAUCUUUUAAAGUUAUGGUUGAUGUAAGUAAUGAAAACCAUCCUUAAAGAGAAUGGGGGGUUAUAGGAGAUAGUGUUCUUCUGGCCUAAAGGUGAAAGAAGCCAGCAACCUGUUACUGAUUAUUUCAGCAUUUAAGAAAAAUAAAUGUGACAACUUAAAAUUUGUCUCUGCUGAAAAUGAGAUGUAUCUUUCAUCUGUUUUUGUUACCCAGCUGUUCAAUAUUCCAGUUUCCCCAAACUGGAAAAAAUUUGUAUACAAAUGAGUUUUCUAUGAUUUAAUAAAAAUAUAUGGCAUACUU